AGCGUCGCAAAAAAUCAGGGACAUAUGGCGAAGGAGCAAACAUGCCAGAUAUCCGAGGUUCAAGAUGGAUCCACCCGUUACGGAUGGUUCUGAUCCGCACACGUGGUUGUUCAAAGCCACAGAAUUCUUUGAGUUCAAUGCCAUUCCGGAGGAAGGGUGCUUGAAGGUGACCGGACUGAUGCUCGACGGCGCCGCGGUGGAAUGGUUUCGGAUGAUGAAGCGAAACGACUUGAUUAAAACUCGGGCGGAUUUUGAAGAACAAUUCAAGUUUCGUUUUGACCCUAAGAUGUACGAAGAUUACUUUGGUUUACUAGCUAAGCUGCACUGCCAAACAGACGGUAAACUGAAGCCUCAGUCGCCCAGGGAAGAAAAGGCUAGGCGACCAAUUGGGCGUCCACAAUACCUCGCCCAGACGCCUAAGCGACGCCUUGAUUACUAUGAGGCAACCACAAUCUCAGUUUUCAUCUCAGGUUUGAAGGACCCCGUCCGCACGGAGCUUGGAGUGAACCGGCCCUCUACUUUGAAUGGGGCUUUUGCUCUGGCCCGAGAAACAGCGGCUAAGUAUGAAGAACUCCAGGCCCCCACUCGCAAGAAUCGGGCUCCGACCUAUACCAAGCCCACCAACAACCCCAGUCCAUCCCAAACGAAAAUUAUCACCCCGUAUAUACCUCCAAAGAAGGAACCCAUCUUGGCCACUCCCAGAGGUAUUCUAGCAAGACCAGUUCGGCGAAUUUUGCCGGCCGAGAAGGUAGAGAAGGAUCCACGCGGAGAAUGCUAUUUUUGCCCCGAGAAAUGGUCCCACAGACACCGUUGUAACGAUCAUUAUUAUUUGCUCGUGAUAAACAAGGGGGGAACUGAGAUCGGGGAGGAACACGAAGCCAUAUUCGAAGGAGACGUCUCUGUUCUUCAAAGUUUGGCGGGAUCCAUGACCCCAGGGUCGAAUUGUUGAUGUCCUGGUGGAUGGGGGAAGUACCCAUAACUUCAUCCAUCCAAAGACGGCAGAACGGUUACAAUUGGCGUUGGUGGAUACUGAAGCCUUCAGGUUCAAAAAGAUAUAUACUGCUAAGAAAAACACCAAUCUUUUUAAAAAUAGAGAACAGAAUGGAAUUAAGAGUAUGUUUCAUUAAACAUAAAAAACAUACCUGACUCUUCACGUUUGAAUCUUUACAAUAGACCCUGACCUACGAAUUCCAAGAAUUAAAUCAUCGGGAUUAAAAGACAUCAUUAUUGGCAAACCUAAAAGGAAAUGAUCAUCAAUAAUUCAACAUAACACAGAAUAACAGAAUUAUGUGAAAGCUAUGCAAGACAUAGGCCAGAUAUAAUUCCUAAAUCCUAACAUAUGAAAUUGUUUGGAACUUCUAAAAACUAAUACAGUUAGGAAGAGCAGAAUCUACUAUUCUAGGAAAUAAAGCUAGAAAAGUUCAAAACAUGCAUAACAUGCAAAAUGAAAAUAUGCAUUCCCCCAAAAAUAUUCAACAUUUGAAUUUCAAAAUGUGCAUUCCCCCAAAAUCGAAAUACACAAGCGCCGCUGCAUUUAUAUCAAUUUGGUAAUCUGCAAAAUUUAAAUAAUCCAAAUGUAGUCCUUCAAUUCACAGGAAAAUUGAAGCUUGAUACAUCCAGGAGCAUUCUCUUAAUCAGGGGAAAAAACCACGAAGCCUUCCAUUAAUUGAUAGGCGUGUCGUAGCACCUACAAAUUAAUUUAUUGUUUUCCUUAACUCUUAACCCUUUUUAUGAUUCAAUAUUCAUCAAAACAUAUAGAUAGGGCAAGUAAGGGUCGAUCCCACGAGAAGAGAUACUUUUUAGGCGAUGAAAAUCAGUUCACUUGUCACUUUUAUUGAAUAAAAACUAUCUAAAAUCUAAAAUCUAAAAACUAAACUAACAGAUAUGGG